AAGUGAGGCUGCCCCUAGCUGUGGUGGUGCGCUGCCCGAGCCCGUCUGUCGUCUCUUCUUCUCUUCCUCCCUCCGGAAACGGCAGUGGCAACUCGAAGGUUCCGCUGGCCACAGCUGGCCAAGGAGGUCCACAUUAAAGAGGAAGGGCCGUACUCACAGGUUUGGGCAGGUGUCCACAAAUUAUGAGGGGACACCCUUCCUUGCUACUGCUCUAUUUGGGAUUGACUGCAUGCCUCGAUAACUCACCUAGCACAGAGCAACAACAAGGCCCAGAAGUCUUUCUGGGUUCUCCAGAAGCUCAGAACUUCCUGAGCAGCCACAAGCGGAUUCCGCGAGCCAAUCACUGGGACCUGGAGCUGUUCACCCCGGGAAACCUGGAGCGGGAAUGUCGGGAGGAGCGGUGUUCCUGGGAGGAGGCCAGGGAGUAUUUUGAGGACAACACCUUGACUGAGCGCUUUUGGGAAACCUACAUCUAUAAUGGCAAAGGAGGUGGCCGCCGAGUAGAUGUAGCAGGCCUGGCUGUGGGACUGACUUCAGGCAUCCUGCUCAUCGUGUUGGUCGGCCUCGGAGCCUUUUGGUAUCUCCAUUAUCGACGAGGCCAGAGGCCAGGCCAGCAGCCCAGUCUCAGUCCUCAAGAGAUCUUACUCAUCAGCCCUCUGAGUCCUCCGACGCCCCUGGCUCCACCUCCACCCCCUGGCCUCCCCACCUACGAGCAGGCGCUGGCGGCCUCCGGGGUUCACGACGCGCCUCCUCCCCCUUAUUCCAGCCUCCGAAGACCCCAGUAAAAAGCUGCCUCGGAGUCCUGGCUCCCCAGACCGUACCCCUGAUUUACACUGGAUUCCAGGAGCCCCCGCACCCCAAUUAAAAAAAAAAAAAGGACUUCUAAAGCUGAGCUUUCCUUUGGGGCGGGGGGGGGCGGCGUAGGGGUCGCGAGACCCGAGGCCCCCCCCCGGCCCACGUGUUUCCGCCGCGUACGGAUGCAUGCACGUCCCCAGCCAACGUGUUUGGAGGGGGGGAGGAAUGGGCAUCAGCCCCCUCGCAUGCUCCUGGUUCGUGGGACCGCGGGGGUCACCAGCCCCGGUCCCCCCACGCACCCCGGGAUUAGCCGUGCG